UUGUUUGUAAGGUAGAUUUCCUCCAUUGAUUGAACGGCUAUAAAAGAAAUGUCUCAAGCACAUGCUAUGCAACCUGGUGCACAGGGGAUGGCCGCAAGACCACGCGAAAACCCUGCCCCCGCACCAAUCAUGUCGUACACCCCAACCGACAUAACUAUACCAACAGCCCUCUACAAUAAAAUCCCAAACCUUGAACUUUACAAGAAGCUUCAAGAUGCCGAACGUAAGAUUGAUCUUCUUACUACAAGAAAGGCUCUUGACUUCCAAGGGAUUCAAACAAAAACCACCCACCCUUCGUCAUACCAAAAGCAAACUGGGAUUCUCCGUGUUUUUGUAUACAAUACUUGCGAGAACCAACCAUGGCAGAAACAAUUAGCCCAAGAAAAAGGUAUUCCUGUAGCUGACCCAUCCGCGGAAUCGUCAUGGACCUUACGUGUUGAGGGAAGGUUCCUUAAUGACAAGGGUGAGCCAGAAAGUUCGGCUCUGGCCCACAGCUUCAGUAGUUUCCUUUCUGGGAUCUCGGUGGACUUGGUACCAAAUGAUAAUUAUCCAAACCUUCAAAACUCACAAUCUAAUGUCAUUGAAUGGCGUGAUCAAAGUCUUGACCAUCAACCAGACAUGAAGGUUGCCUCAAGUGGCCGUCAAGCAGCCUUUGACGGAUUGGACGUUAAGAGGAAUGGGGUUUUCAAAAUCAAGUGUAAUAUUGCAUUGUUGCCCAAGAUUCAAUCUUCUCUUCUUCAACUCAGUACACCAAUGGCUCAAUUUGUAGGGAAGCAAGAAUGUAGUCAACAGGAAGUAAUCUAUACAAUUUGGCUGUACGUCUUGUAUAAUGAUUUGCUCAAGAAGUCAGAUUCAUAUACCAAUGUGCCUGCACUUUCAGUUACUGGUGGUAAUGGGGUCCUUGGUAACGAUGAUAAUUCCGACCUUACCGUUGUUGAAUGUGAUGCUACUUUGAGGAAACUUCUUAAUGUGCCUUCCUUUAGAUUCACAGACUUAUACAAGGUAAUUCAACCACAUUUCAAACCAAGAGAACCAAUUGUGCUUUCCUAUGAAAUAGACACUGGAAGAUCAACCACUUUAGGAGAUGUCAUCAUUGAUAUUCCAGUGGACCUUCCUUCCACUCUCUCAGAAUUCCAACAAGGUGUAAUUGAAUCAAGUAAGGCAAUCUUUGAGAAAUUGACUGCAUCAGAUGCUCUCAUCCAAAACUUAAACACCAAAAUAUCUUUAGGUGUUGUUGCUUUACAGAAUUCAAAUGCUAGAGAAUUGUUUUACCGAGAACUUAGUGAAGAUCCAGUUAAAUUCAUGGAGAACUGGAUACAAAGUCAACUGGAAACUUUCAAGGUGUUGAAGAGUGACGAAGGAUACGACGAAGAAGUGGUACGUAGAGCGGAGUACUACGAGAAGAAUGAACAUAUUCUCAGAGAGAAUAUCAACUUACUCUUGGGUUCUGGUAAAAUCUAGAAAAAGUUUGUUUUGUAUUAUAUUAUUAUUAUAAAUGAUUAUCCAUUAUAUUGUUCGAUUUGUACUGUGAGUGAUACUAUAUAGACUAGUAAAACAUGUCUAU